AUGUCACAGGUCACAGUCGCGGCAGCAUUGGUGACACAUCACCACUGGGACCAUGCUGGAGGAAUGGGUGAGUUUCGCAAAAUCUGGCCGGCAGACAAGGUGGAAGCUUACGGCGGCGAUGAGCGCAUUGAACACUUAACGCAUAAAGUCGAACAUGAGGAAAAAUUCAAAGUUGGCGAGAUGGAGAUAACCGCCUUUAAAACACCUUGUCAUACGAAAGGACAUAUCUGCUAUUACGUGUCACAUCCUGGAGAUGACAAUCGUAUUCUGCUUACUGGCGACACCCUUUUCAUCGCUGGAUGUGGCAAAUUUUUUGAAGGAAAUGGGGCAGAAAUGCAUCAUAAUCUGAACGAAGUUCUUGGGAAACUACCGGAUGAAACCCAAGUUUAUCCAGGGCAUGAAUACACGCUUAGCAAUCUCAAAUUUGCCCAGCAUAUCGAGCCAAGCAAUGAGCAUGUGAAAACCAAGCUGGAAUGGGCAGCUAAACUUCGUGCUCGUCAUGAACCCACUGUUCCAUCGACUAUCGGAGAAGAGAAGGAGACGAAUCCAUUCAUGAGAACAUGGUCUCCAGAAAUCCAGAAGAAAGUUGGUGCUACUGACCUCAUAAAGGUGAUGGAUCUAGUGCGGCAGGCGAAGAAUAGCUUCCGAGGCUAA